AUGACGCUUGCGUGAGCUGAGCUGUUUCCAAAGGUUUAGCCUACAAGUAUGGAAAUGUGUAACAACAUCAAAUCAACAGAGAAUGAGUUAAAGAAAGGGAAGCAGGAAAAAAGAAGAGAAAGAAAGAGAGAUAUGGAAAAUGUGAUUAUUUCUUCUUCUAAUUCUUCAAGGGAAGGAAUCAUUGCCGCCCCUCCUUUUUCUACUUCUUCUAAGAAGUCAGGAGGAGGCUGGAGAUCCAUUAAAUACAUUCUUGGGAAUGAAUCCUUCGAGAAGUUAGCUUCAAUGAGUUUGAUAGCAAAUCUAACAGUUUAUCUACAAACCCAAUACAAUAUGGAUGGCAUUCUUAUGGUUAAUGUAUUCAAUAUUUGGUCUGGUUCUUCUAAUCUUACACCAUUAGCUGGUGCUUUCAUAUCUGAUGCAUAUUUGGGCAGGUUUCGCACUCUUCUUUACGGCUCCUUUGCUUCUUUCCUGGGCAUGGGAACCAUCACUCUAACUGCAGGGAUAUCUAGUUUAAGACCCAUCAGUUGCCACAAAGAGGACGAUUGCCAACAUCCUCAAUAUUGGCAGCUUGCAGUUCUCUAUGUUGGUCUUGCAUUGCUUGCAAUUGGAGCCGGAGGCAUUAGGCCUUGCAACAUUGCAUUUGGGGCUGAUCAAUUUGACACCAGAACAGAAAAGGGAAGAGCUCAAUUGACUAGCUUCUUCAACUGGUGGUACUUCUCUUUCACUGUGGCUCUUGUGAUAGCUCUAACAAUUGUGGUGUAUGUUCAGACUAAUGUUAGUUGGGUUGCCGGUUAUGCCAUACCAACCUGUUGCCUUUUCCUCUCCAUUUCCAUUUUCUUGAUGGGGAAACACACUUACCUAAUCAAGAAAGCCCAAGGAAGUGUAUUUGUUGACAUUAUUAAAGUGAUUGUAGCUGCCAUUAGAAAGCGUAAUCUUGAUUUGGCUUCAGGAUAUACUCUUUAUGAUCCUCCUCAUGUUGAAUGGGAUGAGCAGGAACCUAAACUUGCUCACACUGAUAAGUUUAAGUUCUUGGAUAAGGCUGCUAUGAUUUCUGAUCCAAGCGAAUUGGACGAACAAGGAAUGCCCUUAAAUUCUUGGAGAUUGUGUAGUGUGCACCAAGUGGAGCAUUUAAAACUACUACUAGGAGUUGUUCCAGUUUGGUUUACAGGGAUUGGUUGUUUUAUUACGAUGGACCAAAUGAAUACUUUUGGAUUAAUGCAAGCUAUCCAAUCAAACAACAUUAUUGGAAACUUCAAAUUUCCACCAGGCUGGAUGGGACUCACGUCGAUGAUUGCACUUUCCACCUGGAUCUUCAUAUAUGAGAAAAUUUAUCUGGGUCAUGCAACAAAUAGGUCAAAGAAAAUCAAAAGAUUGACAUUGAAACAGAGAAUCAAUAUCGGUAUUACAAUGGCAAUAAUAUGCAUGUUAGUAGCUGCAGCAGUCGAGAAGGAGCGAAGGAACUUAGCUUUAAGACAUGGGUCUUUCAUGUCACCGAUGAGCAUUUUUGUGCUCCUGCCCCAAUUUGCCUUAUCAGGUUUAAAUGAGGCAUUCACUGCGGUUGCUAUUAUGGAAUUCUUCACCACGCAUUUGCCUGAGACUAUGAGAACUGUUGCUGGUGCGAUUUUCUUUCUCAGCUCGUCUGUAGCCAGUUACCUGAACACAGUUCUUGUCAAUGUUGUGCAUCAUGUGACAGGGAAGAAUGGAAAAUCGCCAUGGUUGGGUGGCCAUGACCUCAAUCGAAUUAAAAUUGAUAACUAUUUCUACCUCAUUGCUGGUCUGGCAACUCUGAAUCUCCUAUAUUUCAAUUUAUUUUCCUCUCGGUAUCUGAAGAACAAUGUUGAUAUACCAAUGCCUGAAUCAAUACAGGACCAAGGAAAAGACAAGGAGAUGAAAGCAACUGCUUAAUUAGGAAUUGACAGAGAACAACAGUUCUAGAGGUUACUUUGAUUCAUUUCUCUAUCCUUGGUUUUCUGAUACUUUGUUAGCAAUUUCAAAUAUGGUAAAUGAAAGCUCAUUGUCUUUUUUUUUUU